AUGAGCGACAACGAGAAAAUUGCUUUCUUUGAUAUCAAAAUAGAUAAAUCUGGGGUUUUGCAAUUCGAUGCGAUGUUACUUAAUGCUCAGACGCUGAAUGAUGUUGAUAUAUGGUCGUUUAAGAUUCGACCAGAUGAAGUCAUUGAAGACUUCGACUCCGACAUAAUCUACAACAUGCUCAACGGAAGAGUUUGGAUGGGACAUGACAUUGAGAAAGUCGACACCCCACUGUUGAAGGCUGAAUUCAGAAAAAUUGGCAAACCAGCGCCUACCGCCAAAUCAAUCAUAGAUACACUUCACUUCACAUCCUCCGACACAGAGUUGGCCAAACUUGCGAUACAAUUUGGUUUAGGUCGUCGUGAAGCCUACCGGAGCUUUAAGGAUUGCGGCAAGAAUCUUAAGGCUAUCAAGAAAUGUGAAGCCUUCAUGCCAAGUUUUGUAAAGGAACUACCGGAGAUCAAAUAUGAGAAUGAUGUCCAUCCCAUGCUUUGUGUUCUCAAAUACUAUCAUGAAGCAGUAAACGCUAGGCGUUUGUCUGAACCUGGUAAGAACUAA